UGAGAACCGACCCAAGUUAACGAAAACCCCACUUUCUUUUUGAGACUUCCGUCUCUCACUGAGAACGAAAACAGCGAUGAUCAUCAAUAACGUCCUGUGGCUUACCAUCCUCUCCUUGGGUACCGUACCAGUUCAAGCACAAAGUAAACAGAAACCACUGUCUACACCCGACAGGAACAACAACAACAACAACAACAACCAAAUGGCGGACUACAACCGUCCUUCGAGUGGUGGAUGGAAACCCGUCCUCGACCCCACCGACAACAAGACCAUCAUCGGCCACCACUGGCGCCGCCAUGACUACGUCCCCGGCGAGGAAGCCUUGGCCCUCCAAACCCUCGACAUGUGGAUUCCCAUCUCCCCGGCCGCCUUAUCCUGGGGCAAACCUACCCCCAACACACUUCUCGGGGACGGAGCAAAGGCCCCCUGGCUCAUCUACAUCCACGGCGGCGCCUGGCGCGACCCCGCCAUCGACUCGUCCUCUUUCGACGCAAGCGCCACCAAAAUCCUCUCUGACCUCGCUCAACAACCCCUGGAGCAAAGAAAGAAGACAGUAGCGGGAAUCGCCUCCAUCAACUACCGCCUCUCCCCUCACCCUAACCACCCUUCCAGCGACCCGUAUGACCCCAACCGCACCGCCAAGCACCCUGAUCACGUUGCCGAUGUGCUCACCGCGCUGGGGUUCCUCAAAAACUACUUUGGAAUGAAGGAGUACGUGCUGGCGGGCCAUAGCUGCGGCGCGACGCUGGCGCUGCAGGCUUGCAUGUCGCCCGAGCGGUGGGGGCUGGCUGGGACUGCGGAGUGGCGCGCAGGAUGGUAUAAUGUAGCAAAGCCAAAGGCAGUGGUGGGGUUCAACGGGUUGUAUGACCUCGCGGGUUUCAUCGCAGAUCCCCCGAAGGGUUACGAGAGGUGGAAGGAGGCGUAUAGAGAGUUUGUUGUCGGCGCGUUUGGUAAGAAGGAGGAGGAUUGGAAAAAGGUGUGUCCUGGGAGUAUCGCGGAGGGGUGGGUGAGGGAGUGGAAUCUGACUCAACAACAACAACAAGGGGAAGAAUGGAAGAAGAGGAAGGUGGUGUUGGUGCAGAGUUUGGAGGAUAGUUUGGUGCCGGUGGAGCAGACGGAGGGCAUGGCGGAGUAUCUGGAGAGGGAGAACCAAAAGGUGGCAGACGAGGAUAAAAAGGUGGAGGUGGUGGUGUUGAGGGAGGAAAAGGGUGGUGAUCAUGAUGAGGUUUGGAAGAAGGGGGAGAGGUUGGGGGAGAUUUUGCUGGGGGUUUUGAAUGGGGAGAUUUGAGCAUCUGCUGUGAUAAGCUACGGAUUACAUGGGCUUUUGUUCGGUUUGAGGCAGAAGUAUACCCUUUCCAAACAUCCAUUGCGCGUGGUCAAGGUUCCCAGACAAUUACACAUCGGAUGCAGAGAAAAAAUUGCUGGUUUAACCAUAUUAAACGCAAUGGCUUGAAAGCCUAUUUAUCCGUAUUACAUCAGCGUCAAAAGACUAUGAACCAAUUCCCUAGAGUCUUUUUCAAGUCUGACGAGUAUAGUCCGUG